UUGAGUUGCAACAGUUCAGUUGUUAAAAGUGCAACACAGCCUUAAAGCGAUACAAACAUCAAGAACCCAAAUAUACUGGCCCGCGUUGCCUUUUUGAUGUUCUUCUAUUUUAAUUUUCGCUUUAGUUCAUUCGAAGCAGCUUGAUUUUCGUCCGUCCAUUUGUGUCCAUUGACGAGGUGCUGCGUGUCGUCGCCACCUCCACAACCAAUUUUCUGGUACAGAUUGUCAAGACGAAAGGAAUUUUGUGAUCCAGCAGACCUAUCCAAUCCUUCAGAGGGAGUUUUAUAUAUUUUUGUAUAUAUAUCAAACUAACCGCAAUUUUUAACCCUUCAUUAUAUAUUUACCACCCCCAUCUAAGGACUGUUCUUUUGUUUUACUUUUCUGGUGAAUAGUAAACCGUCCAAUAGGGCGCAAACAUCUUAUAUGACUUUAGCAACACACAAAGAGACAUUAUUGAACAAAGGCAUAGUUGGGAGUACAGGUACUGGGCAGGCGGGGUGCAUGACUUCGCAGCGACAGCCCACCACCUGUUAUAGGAAAACAAAAUUUUCAUCCAAUAGACAUCGGAAGCUGCAGCCUUUUAGAGAAACGUGACUGGCAGUUACGGAAUCAAAAAUACCGUCAGACGUAGGAAACGAGCAUCCUAUCAUCAUUAAAGAGGAGCCGAGCGUCAUAACAACAACUUUCAUAAUCAACACCAAAAAAGGCAAACGGAAUAGCGGUGCAAUUACUUCUAGCAGGGUGCGGAGAGCAGGAGCUGAACAUUUUAUUUUGUUAAUUGGAUCAACAGAACAGCGCCAAAAUGGGCAGCGUCAACGUAAACAGGAACGUGAGCGAUGUGUUCUAUCGCUACAAAAUGCCAAGAAUCCAGGCGAAGGUGGAGGGCAAAGGCAAUGGCAUCAAAACUGUAAUUGUCAAUAUGGCCGAGGUGGCUAAAGCUUUGAGCAGGCCUCCCACAUAUCCCACUAAAUACUUUGGGUGCGAGUUGGGAGCCCAAACGCAAUUUGACUUCAAGAACGAGCGAUUCAUUGUGAACGGUUCACACGAUGCCAGCAAAUUGCAAGAUUUGCUCGACGGAUUUAUCAGAAAAUUUGUUUUGUGCCCAGAAUGCGAUAAUCCGGAAACGGAUUUGAACGUCUCUCCAAAACGAGGCACAAUCUCACAAAGUUGCAAAGCUUGCGGUUAUCACGGCAUGAUUGAAUCAAACCAUAAAUUAAUUACAUACAUCUUAAAGAAUCCGCCGAAUUUGAAUCCCGCUACUCAAGGAUCGUCCUUAACUGAAGGCAAGCGUUCCAAGCGCAGCAAGAAAGCCAAUGGUGAUGCAACCAAUGGAGAAGGUGAUGAGAAUGAAGCAGAUGUCACGGGUGAUACUUCCAUGGCUGACAAUGCUGAUGAAGAUAAUACAGAGUGGGCAGUCGAUGUUUCCGAAGAAGCAGUAAGGGCGCGUAUGCAAGACUUGACAGAUGGAGCAAAGAAUAUGACCAUCAAUGAUGAUUUAGAAAAAACUGAGAAAGAAAGAAUGGAUAUACUUUAUGGUAUGAUGAAAGCAAAGCGCGAUUCAGGUGAAUUGGAGGUAGUACAAGUCCAAAAGGAUUUGUUGGGCGAGGCCGAGCGCUUGGAGAUUAGAGCUAAAGCACCGCUAUUAUUAGCCGAGCUUCUUUUCGAUCAAAAUGCCCUGGCUCAAGCUAAAAAAUACAGGAUGUUUUUGUUGAGAUUCACCUUGAAUGAUAAGAAAGCUCAGAAGUACUUCAUCGGUGGUUUGGAACAAGUCAUUGAACUCCAUAAGUCAGUAUUGAUGUCAAAAGUGUCGGUCUUGCUGAAACUUCUCUAUGAUUUAGAUAUACUUGCUGAAGCAGCUAUCAUAGAUUGGGCUGAGAAGGUCUCUAAAAAGUAUGUAUCCAAAGAGGUGUCUCAGGAGAUCCAUAACAAGGCUGCUCCAUUUGUGAAAUGGCUGAAGGAAGCAGAAGAGGAGGAAUCCGAUAGUACUGAGGGAGACGAAGAAAGUGACGUUGAAAUUGAGUAUAACGACCGUGCACAAGUCGCUCCACUUAAACCAGUCGUUGCACCCAAGAAACCCCAGGCUGAAGACGAUGAAGGGGAGGAUUUCGAUAUUGAUGCCAUUUAAAUUGAAAAAAGUUAAAUCCUUUUCCGUUCCGAAGCAUUAAAUUAACAGGGUGUCUAUAUUAUAUACUAUUUUACUAUAAGGGCAGUUCUAGUAGUUCCUUCAUAAUAUUAUGUCUAUUCAUGCAAUGUCAAAUUUCUAUUACCUUAUGAACUACUCGAUUCAUCUUUUCCAAUUGCUUUCAAUAUUUUUUUUUAUAU